AUGGUCAAGGUAAGAAAAUCUCCUACAGUACUCUCCUUAACAUAAUUUUUGCAGAUACUUGAAAAUAAUAGUACCAAACUUCUUGUAAAUGGAUCGAACAAUUUGAAAAAGCUAAAAUCGAAAGAUUUAGUUCAUCCGGAUGAAUCAAUCGUUCUUUUGCCUUAUUUCGAUGAAUUAAGUGAUGAGCUUAACAAAAAUCUUAUGCAUAUAAUAAAUGGAAUAAUAUCAUCAGUUAUAACAGAAAAUAUAUUUGAUUCGUCCGAUUAUUUUCAACAAUUAAAUCGUUUUAUUGACAGUUUUGGAAUGCAUUUGUCGAAAAAAGUUUUAUUCGAUUUAACUCAAUUUUUCAUUGAACAAAUGAUUAAAAAGAAACAAUCGAAGGAAAUUAUCAAAAAUUGCUCAAAAUCGAUCAAUAAACUGUAUAGUAAUAUUCGUUUUGCUCAAUUUGAUCAUAAUGAUUUUAUUAUUGAUUGGAAACCACUUUAUGAAUUUUGUUUGCUUGUUAAAAAUCACAAAAUAAGUGGAAUUAGUGUAACAGAUUUGAGUUCGCCUAUAUCAAGUUUAUCACCAUUUUUUGAACCUCAACAACAACCAAUAAUAUGGGAACGUCUUCAAGAAUUAUUAACAUAUGAUUCAUCGAUGAAAUAUUUUAUCGAUUUUUGUUAUAUGUUUUUAACUGUCGAAGGAAUGUCAUCUGAAGAACAUAAAAAAUAUGGAUGUUCAAUUUGGUUUGAUACAUUAUGGGAUUUAUAUUUAACAAUUGAAAUGAAUUAUACUGAAUCAUUCACUUUGAUUUAUAAAUUCAAGGAAAUUUUGAGAAAUGUUCCAGAUGUUAUCGAUUGGAACCCAUAUUAUGAUAUUAUUUUCACAAAAGUUACAAGAUCAUUUGCAAUUCCAACAAAUAAAUCAAUAAUUGGUGAUACGAUGGAUUCAAUUUGUGUCAAUAGUUUUGCUUUAUUUUCAUGUUAUUCAAUUGGCGGCCCAAAUUCGUAAGUUUUUGUCGUUCAAAAAAAAGAAGGUUGUGAGUUUAGAAUUAGGGAAUCAGAACGGCUUUCGGAAGUAUUCCAAAAACCAUAGGUUUUCAAAACUUAUUGGGCUUUUCAAAUACUGUUACUUUUACAGAUAUGAACUCUUUAGAUUUUCCAAAUCUCAAAUUCGAAUUCGCGAUAUUUUUAUUUUUAAAUACGAAAUAUUUUUCAGAGCUAUCAAACACUUUGAACAAACUCUGAAAUGUGUUGAAUUCAAUGUUCAUCCGUCGAAUUCUGGAGAUCAUGUCAGCCAAAUAAUAUCAUUUAUCAAAACAUUUACUUCAACAUUCAUAAGUCGAAUCAGUUAUGAACGAAUUAAUGAACAUAAAAGAAAGGUUUCGAAAGAAUAUUAUUUGAAAGACGAAGAAAUUGAUGCCGUUGCCAAAUUGCUGGCUGGUCCUGUUUUCAUGCUUUUAUUCUGUGAUCACACUUCUUAUUCUGCAUUUUCAAGCGUUUUACAUGAUUUGAGUGCAUUGAAUGUGAAUUUGAUUGGUGGAAAAUUGUUGGAACAGUGAGUUUGAAAUUAUAUUUUCGGAAUUUAUAUUUGUUUUCAGUGUUUAUUCUGCAAUUUUUGCUUUGAGUGAACCUGAAAGAUUAUCAACAACAAUGGAUAGCACAAUAAAUAUUAUCUUUCAAAUAAUGCGAUCUUCAAUUGAUGAUCUUGGCAGAAAAUGUUCAACUCCGAUUCCAAAUUAUUGGAUUGAAAAAAUGGAAGAAGAAAGAAUGUCAUGGUCAACUUAUCGAGAAGGAAGCAAAAUGAAACAAUUAACAACACAUAAAUAUUCUUCAAUUCGACAUCAUACAAUAUAUUUAAUGGAAAUAUAUGUGAAUUCGAUUGAUGUAAAUGAUGUUGGAAGAGCUGAAGCAUCGCUUAAAACACUUGCUUUGAUAUUUCGAUCAAUUCCAGUCAUGGAUUUCUCAGAAGCUUUGGAAUAUUAUUCAAAAGGAAUGACGGAAGAUGAUAAAAUACUUUGUUUAUUAUCAAAACGUAUUCCAAUAAUUGUUGAAGAAGCAUUUGAAAAAAUAUUGAAAGCAAUUGGACAUUUGGCUGUUUGUGCAGCAAAAGAUUCGAUAAGUAAUAUUGGAACAAUGAAUGAUACUGUUAGUAAAGAUGGAGAAGAAGAAAAACUAUUGAAAUAUGCAAUCACAACUUGUGUUGAAGCAUUAUUUACAAAUUCAAAUCAAAAAUUAACUGACAAACUUUUCGAUCGAUUAUUUGAAUUUGUAUCAACAAUUGAAUUCGAAAGUUAUACGGCAACUGAUUUGUUAUCUGGUGUUAUUGGAUCUUGUUUGUGGAUUUCAAAUAAAGCAUGGAAAAAGUUCGCCGACUUCAUUUUGCAAAAAUUGAAACUAGUCAUUACUCGUAAGUGAAAAAUAGAGGAUAGAAUUGAAUUUUGGUACAAAAAGAGCCCCAAUAAGGUUUCUUGAUAAACCGUACCAAGAAAUUGAACCUAGUCUUUAAAAUUCCAAUUCAUCAAGUUUUUUUUUCAGCGGAAGUCGAAAAAAUGAAAGAAGCACCAUCUACAGUACUUUAUUAUGCAGUUUUAGCAUCUUCUUUAUUUGGAGUUCGUGCAAAUAUCAAUAUCGAACAUGAAGAUCUAAUUUGUGAAAUUAUUCAAAUUCUAUGGAAUUGUGAAUGUCUAACAGCAUAUGCAAUUGCAAUCAAUGGACUUACUACAACUCUUUCAACACUGACAAAAACCUGUAUUUAUCCGGAAGAUGAAUUGUCAGAAAAAUUAAAAUCUCCAAUUUCAAAAUGGAAUCCACUUGAAGAAUGGACAAAAUGUUAUAAAUACAAGGAUUGUAAUAUCAUUUAUUUUAUUCCAUCAAAAAUUGAACUCAAUUGUGCUCAAAGAAUUUCAAAUCGAUUCUUUUUUCCGACAAUUGAUAAAUUGGAUGAAAAAUUGGAUAGAGAUCAAAUGAGAAAAAUAAUAUCAUGUGUUGUAGCGAUUUUGAAGUGUGUUCAAGAAAAUCUGAAACAACCACAAAGUUCGAUUCUGAAAACUGCCAUCAAUGCACAUUGUUUACCGUAUGCUACAGGCUUUUUGGGAAAUAUUGAAGUUAUUGAUUGGGGUAAGUUUAUUUGUAUUCUAGCCAUAUAACAUCCAUUAAUUUUUCUCAGAAUUGAGAACUCCAAAUGGUGGAAAUGUGAUGGAAUUGCUUUUGAACAAAAUAGAGAAACUAAUAGUUCGAUCCGAUAUAAAUGAUCCACAAUUUUUCGAAAUGAUUUCAAUGAGUUGUUUGGUUUUGAUCGAACAAUAUUCAUUCAAAAAAGUAAAAUACAAUUUAUUUGAGAAAGAAGCGGUGGAAACAUAUUGGAAUUUAACAGCUCCAUUACAUCAAGAAUAUUUUGCAAUUCUUGAAAAAAUGCAGACAAUUUCAAUGAGAACAAAUGCAGUAAGUUUUAAAACAGGGAUUUUGAAAAUAAAAUAUUGUAACACAAUUGUUUACAGUUGGUUGAGAAAUAUGCGAAUGGCUGUACACUAAAUGCAACAGAAUUUGAUCUUCGAGUCAUAAAAUGUUUGAUGAAAUUAGGAUUGAAUGAUUAUGAAACAGUUCGAGCAAAUGCUUGUGCCAGUUUGGCUAUUCUCGAUCAAAAAAUAUUUUUCUGUCGAGAAUAUUUGAUGGAUGACAUUAUUGAAGUUAUAACUGAUCAAGUUGUUGAAAACGAAAAUAAAUUGAGAGGAUCACUUGAAUUGAUUAUUUCUUUGAAUUUGGCCGAUACAUCAAACGCAUAUAUUCGAAGUUUGAUUUGGGAAGCAAUGUUGAAAACAAAAGUUAUUGAUGAACCGAAAAUUCGUGUUCUUUUUGAUAGUUUUGUUGAAAGUAUUAAUUCAAUAUCAAAUUCCGGUAGACCAUCAAAAUAUGAAGAUUGUGUGGUAAGUGGAAAAUAAUUUCAAUAUUCAAAAAUGUUCUGUUUUCAGGAUGCACCUGUUAUAAUCAGUAAUGUGGCAAAACAGCUAUUCGAAGAAUCUAGAUUGAAUGAAUGGAAAGAUUAUACAACAACAGAUGGUUUACAAAAUCAAAGAAAAACAUAUUUGAAAUGGAAGAAGGAUUGUAUUGAUGUUCGAAAUAAUAUGGUUGAAACAAUUCUCAAAAAUUAUAUCGGAAAUCCAAAUUUACAUCAUACACGUGAAAAAUUGGCAAGAACUAUGAUUUAUCGAUGUCAGAGACAAUUAGCAAAUACAGAAACAAUCAAAUUGUUGUUAUCACAAUUGAUUCAUGAAGAAGAAACAAUGAGAGAUGAAGCUGGAUCUGAAUUGGCUAAUUAUUUAUACAAAAAUCGAAAGAGAUUAGUUGAAAUUGAUUAUAAACCAAAUGAUGGAAUUGGAGCAAUUUUAAACAGUGAAAACAAACGAGUUUUUGGUAUUCGAAAAGAUAAUUUGUGUACUGUUUAUGAUUCUGGAAAUCUACCAAAUAAUGAACAAAAAUGGAAUGAUAUGGUAUUUUUCUCGAAACAAACUGCAAAUUUCAAAUGGUCUGAAAAUAUGAAAGUAAAUCGACAAAUUGAUCCAUUUAUUGAGAAAAUUGAUGAAGAAGGAGAGAAAGAAAUUGUGAAAUGGUUUGAAAACGAAGAAAAUGUUGAUAAUUGGUUAUGUUUGAGAUUGAAAAAUAUGGAUGAUCAUACAAGUUUGAAUAAAGAUAGUAUCAAAAUAAUUAGAGUAAGUUAAAAUGAAAUACGAAUUACAAGCUGUACGAUUUAUUUGAUUUUAGUAUGUUAUACGAAAUUAUCCAUCAAGUCAAAAAACAAUCCAAGUUAUGAAAAAUGCUUUGAUUCAAUUAAUCGGUUCAAAAAAGGUGAAUGGUUUUUAUUUUGGUAAAAGUAUGACAAAAUUGAAAGAAAUUACUUUCAGAAAGAACAUCAAUCUUUGGCUGCCGAAAUAUUUUUAUCAAUAAGUCUUGGAAUUCGUUAUCGACCAUUUAAAGAGAUUGAAGAAUUUUGGAAAUGGGCUGCGCCAACAAUUGAUUCAUUUUUGGAUCGAAUGAAUACAGAAUCAAAAAAAGAAUGGAAAAAUGCAAUUGAUAGAAUAUUGGAAGAUGAUUUUGAUCAAAGAAGAAAUUGGUGGCUGAUUGAACAUCUAAUUGAGGGAUCGAAAAAAGAACGAAUUGAAGAAUGGAAACAGGCAUUGUAAGAAUUAUUCUUCAAUUAUAAGUGUACCUAAUCUAUUUUCAGCCGUCUCGAAAUCAUAUCAACAACAUCGUGUUGGAGAAAUAUUGAGAUUGUUAAUCGUGUUUGUGAAAUUGCUUGGAAAAAGAUGAGAGUUGCUGUAACUGAUAUUCUUCGAACUGGAAUUGCAAAUACAUUGAAAACAAUUUCAUUAUUGAAGGAAACAAAUCAAAAUAAUGAUUUUGAUGGAAUUGAUCAGCGUUUUCAUAUUGAAACAACUGACGAUUGGAUUUCUCGAUUCACUGAAAAUGUUUGUACAUAAAAAUGUGAUAUUUCAGGAAGAAAACCCAAAUCAUUUCCAGAUUUCCUUGCUUGGAUCGAGCAAAACAUUGAAGAAAGUUGAUACAACAUCUCGUAAAAGACCAGUACCAAAAUCGAAAUCAGAAGAAGCACUACUUUCUGAACCACCAUCAAAAAGAAAACGAGGAGUUUCUCAAUCAACAUCUCCAGAAACUUCAAGUCAAAUUGAAGCCAAAAAAUCGAUACUUUAUUUCCGAACACUUCUUGAAUUUAUUCAACAAUAUUAUAGUGUUUGUUGCCAAAGUUGGACACCACAAAUUAUUUCAUUAUUGCCAAGAUUAUUCGAAUUUUCAAAUGAGAGUGAUUAUGAGUGAGUUAUUUACUGAAAAACGAGAACGACAAACUAUUGUUUUUUUCAGAAUUUCAGAAGACAAAGAUGUUGAUAUAAUUCAAAAUUGUUCUUCACUGAUCCAUAUAAAUAUGUCAGUUUUAUUGGUGCCGGCAAAAUAUUCUGAUUCGAUAAUCAAAACGAUCAUCGACACGUAUAACAAUAAUAGUUAUUCGUGGAGAGUUCGAUUGACAAUUAUCAAAUUUGUACAAGUUUUGGUUUACUCGAAUAUGUUUGAAUUGAAAAAAUCGGGAAGAAGAGAAGUGUUUCAACAAUUAUUGUUUGAUGCUAUUUCUGAUAUUUCGGUGAGUUGUUGAUUUAUUUUUGUAAAUAACAACAAGGGAUAAGUUUUCAGAUUGAUGUUAGAACAGAAGCAUCGAAAUGUCUUUCAUUAUUUAUUCAUUGUGAUUAUGUUGUGAUUUCGGAUGAAACAAUCGUGAGUUGAAAAUAAUUAUAUCCCAUGCAUUUUUAGUGUUUUUCUUUAGAUCAAAUUGAACAAUGUUAUGAAUGAUAAAAAUGAGAAAAUCCAUGAAAGACAUGGAGCUUGUUUGACGUUAUGUGCAAUUGUAACUGCUUAUCCAUUUUCACUUCCAAAAUCAAUGAUAAAACCACUUCAAAUGUUGAGUUGUGCAAAUGCAAAAUUGGCAAUUGUUCAAAAUACAAUCAAAAGUGCAUUGCGCGAAUUUCGUCAACAGCAUAAAGACGAAUGGAUUAAAACAAAAAAUGUUUUGGGAGAAAGAAUGAUAUUCGAAAUUGAAAAUGCGAUUGUUCCCAUUUACUACUCAUGA